AUGUUUUUCUCUUUUUUCUUUCUUUCUUUCCUUCUUUCUUUCUUUCUUUCUUUCUUUCCUUCUCUCUUUCUUGCUUUCUUUCUUUCUUUCUUUCUUUCUGCUUUCCCCUUUUCUUUAUUUCUCUUGAUUUACUUCCUCCAUGUUUUCUUGUUCAUACUUUGGUUUUGUUUCUUACGUUCUUUUUUCACAUAUUGUUUUUCUUUAUUUAUUUCCUUCUUUUUCUUUCUUUCUUUCUUUCUUUUUUUCUUUCUUUCUUUUAAACCUUCCUUUUCUCUUCUUUUUACUUUGUUUUCCUUUCUUUCUUUCUUUUUUCCUUUACUUUUGUUCUCAUUUCUUAUCUUUUUACUUUCACAUAUUUUUGUUCUUUCUUUCUUUCUUUUUUCUUUCUUUCUUGUACACUUUUUCUUAUCUCUCUUGAUUUCAAUGUUCCUUCAGGGUUUAUUAAUUUUUACUUUCUUUCACAAUUUUUCUUUCUUUCUUUCUCUCGUAUCUCUCUUGGGUUUUUUUUCUGCUUUCUAUUUCUCUUUUCCCUUAACUUCUCUUUCUCUUCUUUCUCUACGUGUUAUUUCCUUAUUCGUCCUUUCUUUUUCUCCCCGUCUUUGCUUCUGUUUUUUUCUUCUUAGUUCUCUUUGUUUUAUUUUACUUUUUCUUUCUCUCGUUCUUUCUUUCUUUCUUUCUUUAUUUCUUUCUUUCUUUCUUUCUUUAUUUAUUUAUUUAUUUAUUUCGCUGAUAUUUAGUUCUAAACUAGAAUUUUUUUCAAUUUUCGCUCGCUGUGUUUUGUUGUCUCUGUUUCUUUCAUUAAGAUAUUUAUUUUUCUUUCAUUUUUUUCUUUCACUUUUUCUUUCAUUAUUUCUUUCAUUUUUUAUUUUAUUUUUCUUUCAUUUUUUCAUUCAUUUUCUUCACAUAUUCAUUUCUUUGUUGGAUUUUUCAUUUUUUUCUUAUUUAAUGAGAAUUUGUCAAUUUUUAUCUUUCACUAUUUCUUUAAUUUUUCUGUCAUUUUUUGUUUCAUUUUUUUCUGUCAUUCUUCUUUCAUUUUUUACUUUCCCUUUUCUUUUCUUUUUUCUUUCUUUUUUUUCAUUUUCUUCAUAUUCAUUUCUUCUUUGUUGA